AUGAGCGGCGGCGGCGGCGGGAGCCCCAACAACACGGAGUGGCGCUUCAACCAGACCCUCCGCAACGUGCAAGGAAUGCUCAAAGGACGCAGCUUUCCUGGGAAGGUUUUGCUAACCCGGCGAUCUGAGCCUCUUUCCCCUCCUGAUUAUUCUCCAAGAUUUGAGAGUGAGCACGAGGAAGAUGAGCGCAAGGAGGGUUCUCAGGAGGGAGAAGGUCAAGCGUCUGGAAAUUCAUUUGACAGUGCAAGUUCAAAGAAAUCAAAUCUUCUGUCAACAAGUAGUUCAAAUUCAUUGCCAGAUGCCCAAGGGCUAGUUUCUGGGGCUAGAGCUACCGAUUCUGCAAGAAUUGCUAAAUUCACAAUGGAACUAUCUAGGCCAGCUGUUAUAUUAGACAAAUUGCGUGAAUUAUCUUGGAGCGGUGUGCCCCCAUAUAUGCGACCUAAUGUAUGGAGGCUUCUUUUGGGAUAUGCACCGCCUAAUAAAGAUAGACGAGAAGGUGUUCUAACAAGGAAAAGACUGGAGUACGUGGAAUGUGUUUCUCAAUACUAUGAUAUUCCGGAUAGUGAACGCUCAGAUGAAGAAAUUACUAUGCUUCGCCAGAUUGCAGUUGAUUGCCCAAGAACUGUACCUGAUGUUACCUUUUUUCAGAACCCUCAGAUUCAGAAAUCUCUUGAGCGCAUUUUGUAUACAUGGGCUAUUCGUCACCCAGCAAGUGGCUACGUCCAAGGAAUAAAUGACCUUGUUACACCCUUCUUGAUUGUGUUCUUAUCAGAGCACCUAGAGGGCAACAUGGACACUUGGUCUGUAUACAAUCUUUCAGCACAAGAUAUUUCUAAUAUAGAAGCAGACUGUUAUUGGUGUCUCUCGAAGUUUCUUGAUGGAAUGCAGGAUCAUUACACCUUUGCGCAACCAGGAAUUCAGCGCCUUGUUUUUAGAUUGAAGGAACUAGUUCAUCGUAUAGAUGAACCUGUAUCCAAGCACAUUGAAGAACAAGGAUUAGAGUUUCUUCAAUAUGCCUUCCGUUGGUUCAACUGCCUUCUGAUACGAGAGGUACCUUUUCAUCUUGUAACACGCCUGUGGGAUACAUACCUUGCUGAAGGCGACUAUCUACCAGAUUUUCUUGUGUACAUAUCAGCUAGUUUUUUGUUGACUUGGUCGGACAAGCUGCAGAAGCUGGAUUUUCAAGAGAUGGUGAUGUUCCUUCAGCACCUUCCCACAAGGACCUGGGCGCACCAUGAGCUCGAGAUGGUCCUGUCGAGGGCGUACAUGUGGCACACGAUGUUCAAAAGCUCUCCCAGCCACCUUGCCAGCUAG